AUGCUGAAUUGGGAAAAAGUCAGCGUUCCAAUUUCAGUCUAUACUGCCGACGUUGAAGGGAAUCGUCCUUUGGCUUACAGUCGGGUCGAGCGGCCCAAACUCAUGAAGUCGAAGACGAUUGGCAAAUAUGUCAUAUGGGCUCACUGGGAAUUGGCAAACUCGUAUAGAGCAUCCGAGGUUAUCGUGACGACCGCUGAUGAAGUGAAAGGCCCGUACACCAUCACGUCCAAGGGCCAUCAUCGACCUGGGUCAAAAAAUCAAGCGACCACUGCGAUGGGGGUUCGUGUGGGUGGACUGAGAUUGGACUUUAGCACGAGUGCCAAAUCGUCGAGCGACAAGACGCACCCAUACAUGCCAAAUCUGCCAGUAUACCCGCCCACCAUUGUCCAAUAUAACGCACCUGCAACCGAGAGCCCGCACAGCCCAGCAUAUGUACCAGCGUCCGAAUAUGGUACCGCAACAUUCUCCAAUAUCCGCUUUAAUGUGACCCUGAAAGCUAUCGCUGUUGUCAUGACACCCUGGGAUGCCUCGCUCUAUAAUCAGUACGCGAGCCAGUACAGCGUAUCCCAAUCAACCUACAUAGUUCAAUACCCAACCGAUGAGCAAUCUCCCGUUACAAGGCGAGAUUUUACUAUUGGUAUCCCAAGCAACUCGAGCACGGACCAAGCGCCCCUAUCAAUGGCCCGACUUUAA